UCUCUUAGAACUUCAGUUCAGAAGGAAAAAUUCAAGAGGAAAAUCAAGAUCGUACAAUACCAAUGAGACGAGCAUCAAUUUUUACUCUACAGGAAUCAUUGUCAACCAUGAGGAUUUUAUUUUGGACGACCUUGUGUAGCCUGGCACUCACCACCAUCGACACUGCAGCUGGCGCAAGAAGCAAAAGGGCCAUCGCAUUUCGGAAGGGUAGCACGUUUUUCUACCGCAUGAAUUUCAAAGCAAAUGUUUUCACCUAUACGACCAUCUUCGCACAUGCCGCUGGUUUCAAAGUUGUCUGGCCACUUCCGGAAGGGGUAGGAUUUGGAAAGCACAGAUCCAUCCGUGAUAUUCACGAGAGUACAGAGCUAAUGUACGCAAGCCAUGGAUUGAAUGGAAAAGCUUGUCUCAUGCAAAACAUAUGCCAAGCAACGGAAUAUGUAACAAGAAGAGAUGGCGUAAUGGCAAAAAUAGUAAAGUUAUUAUUAGGGUCCUCUACAGAAAACGGGACGAUGAAUGUGAAUCCACUCGAAUGCGGCCAUUAUGCCAAUCAGUGUCCGUUACAGUUUAUUGGAUUUAAUCAUUUUUCCCCAUAUCGACGAUAGAACAGUUUGCACUGUAAACAAGACUACAAUGAAAUUAUGAACAGCACAUCGAGUUAUCUCAUAUCAUUCGAAAAUAAACGACUCAUAAAUUUCUGUAAAUACCUGAUUUUACUAUCAAAGUCUUGCAUAAA